AUGGUGGGCAGAAGAGGAAAAAGAGGUGCCGGUCCGGUACAUACUCCUAGCCUAGCUACGCGAUCCACAUCUACGCGCCGUGCAUCCGUCACUGUCUCAACUCCUACCCCCCGCGGGCGCGGGGGUAGUCGAGGCAGAGGUCGCUGGGCUAAUCGCGGUGCUCGGGGUAGUCUUCAAACACCUGUAGCGGCACGGGAGGAAUCCCCUGCCCCCCAAUCACUCAUCGUCACGCUUCAAGUUCCUGGUGACAAGCUCGCUGAAAUCACUGGUGAUGUCCUACCAGAUGACCAUGAGGCCUCAGUGGCCCAGUCUAGUAUGCAUGCUAGAAGUCCGACAACUCCGCGUGCUCGGCGUUCCAAGCGCGCCAUGGCUGUUCCGGAAUCGUCCAGAGAGACUCGUUCGGCUCGUCGCAACUCUGGCCAAAUGGCCCGUCAAUCAAUUCGAUUGAGGCUUCCUGGGGAUGCCCCCGAACAAGACAGUCCCAGUAAGGAUGCGGAAUUAACCGAACAUGAUGACAUCCGUAAUGGCGAAUUUGAGAUGCAGCCCAUCACCAAAGCUUCUCAAACCCCCGACAUCAUCGAUGCAUCUAAUCAUCAAGAAAUGGAUGAUCCUCAUCAGACGGAAGAUGAGCCCUCAGAGCCGUCUGCUUCCUCCAACAAAACUUCCCCAGAGGUGGCCACACCUGAAAUCCUCACUAAUGGGCCUAAGGCAUCCACAUCGCCUCGCCUAUCACGAAAACGCAAAUCAAUCGAAUUGAAAGAUGAAACUCAAUCACCUGAUCCCAUCACUAAAAAGCCCAAGCUGGAAGAAACCGAACCAAUCCCUAGCAUUGCUUUCCAAAAUGGCAUUGAAGCGGCAUCAUUGGAAACUACUCCUGAAGAUGCGGCCAUGGCAGAUGCCGAUGUUGAAUCCGCUGCCGAUGCUCCCGCCAGAAGAGGCGGUCGAGGACGUGGUGGCUUUCGUGGACGGGGCCGUGGUCGAGGUCGAGGCCGUGGUGGUCGCGGCGGUGCGCUUGGAACUAUUCGUUCGACGGCAACUCGGGCUCGUGGAGGUCGAGGUCGCGGACGUGGUGGCGGCAAACCAAAGACCGGUUCAACCAGCGCUAAUAAAAUUCGACGAGGCGGCAAGAGAAUCGAAGAUGAAAUUUGGGAUAGUGACUGUCGACGACGAUCCCCUUCACCUAUUCCUCUCACUCAGCCCAUCAAGAACCGUCAGGAGCACUUAUCUACCAUGUACAAGAAAUUGGGAGGGGUGCAGCAGUUGGCUUUGACUGUCCUUGCCGAUCAUUCUAUGCAGAAGAUUGCUAAAGAUAAGCACGCCCACAAAGAUUGUCCCGAAUGGACCCAGGUGUCUGCUGAACUUGCCGAGUAUGAGCGAAAGGCUCUGAAUCGUAUCAAGAAAGAAUACGACUAUACUGUGUUGGCAGCAGAGAGAAUUCAUCAGGGUGACGUCCAGGCUGUUGAAAAUCGAGCAAAGGAAAACAUUUCGAACAUUCAGGAUGAAUUGUAUCAUAUCGCCCGCGGCAAAUAUAUCGAGUUGCUCAUAGGUCAACGUGCCGCCGAAGACGAUGAGCACACUGAAACCGAUGGAUCUGAUCCUGAUGCCGAAGAGCCACAAUAUCUGUACCGAAUCGGUAAACCCGGAGCAAAGGAAGUCCAACGAGGUUUCUACUCCGAGCAUGCACGAACACCAGACGGUGCUGCUGCUUAUUGCCGUGGUUUGGAGAGUUGGGAGAAUUUCAUGAACCAAGUUCGCAUGGGUUUUGAUGUCAAUCCACAGAUUCAAGCCUUAGACUCUGGAACCGAAGAUGCUGUUAAGGGGCAAGUUCUGAUUGACCACUUCAUGAAAACACUCCUUGAGGCAUCCAAAGUCAUUGGCGAGAAAGACAGCAGAUUCACCGUCACCGAAGCAGGAACAGCCGAGCUUGCCCCUCGAGCUCUGCUCACAUUGGCUGAUAUUGCUCUCUCAAUGCAAACUCACCUGCCUCAGAUGCGUACAGAGCCUAGUAAUAUUCAAGCCUCUCAUCGACCCAUCUUGUCCCAGCCAUCACAAGGGCCACCUCCACAGGGUGCGCCUGCUCCUCAGGGCAUGAGCCACGGCCCGACUGAUCCUCGGUCGUUUAUUCUUCCACGACCCACUCCAACUCAACCUCGUCGCCUACUCCCCGCGCGAGGCCAACUGCCCGACCCGUUUUCGAUGGCUGGGCUCCCUCAACUCCCGCCCCCUCCGGGCUCUAACUUUGCUCGGCUGCCGUUGCCGAGUUACCUCUCUCCCCCCGGCGGUCCUCACUCCCAUGGACCGCCUCAGCAACAACAAGGCCCACCAGGCCCCCAAGGACCUCCUCCGCCUGGUCCGCCUUCGUUGUACUUCCCAUCACCCCAUGGCCAUGGGGCUCCUCCCCAUGGUCAUGGGCCACCGCCACCACCUCGCCGAUAUUAA